AUAGUACUAAAAAUAGGAUACAUGCAUGUGAAAAUGGAAGAUUAAAUUAAAAAUGAUGAUAAACUCAGCGGAAAAAGGUUUUCUGGUUUAUUUACAUUUAUAAAUAGAAACUCUCGACCCUUCUUUGCUUCCAUCUUCUGCAUCUCUUCUGGUCAGAGAUUUGCAGCUAAAAUGAGAAACAAAGAGAAGUAAAUAAAAAAACCCUUCUCUUUCUUUUUCCGCCUUUAAUUAUCAUACUUGCCUUUUUCUUUUCUUUUCCUUUCAAGUUAGGAAGCAUGGUGUACCCCAAUGAAUCCCUUGAAGACUCUCCCCAGAAGAAAAUGGGGAGAGGAAAGAUCGAGAUCAAGCGGAUCGAAAACACGACGAACCGCCAAGUUACCUUUUGUAAGAGGCGCAAUGGUUUGCUCAAAAAGGCUUAUGAGCUAUCAGUUCUUUGUGAUGCUGAGGUUGCUUUGAUUGUCUUCUCCAACCGUGGUCGACUCUAUGAGUAUGCCAACAAUAGUGUUAAAGCAACAAUUGAAAGGUACAAAAAGGCUUCUGAUUCCUCCAACACUGGGUCAGUUGCUGAAGUUAAUGCUCAGUUCUAUCAGCAAGAAGCUGACAAACUCCGAAAUCAAAUCCGGAAUUUGCAGAAUACAAACAGGCACAUGCUGGGGGAGUCCGUAGGGGGAUUGCCUAUGAAAGAGCUUAAGAGCUUGGAGAGUCGUUUAGAAAAAGGAAUUAGCAGAAUCCGUUCCAAAAAGAAUGAGCUGUUGUUUGCUGAAAUAGAGUAUAUGCAGAAAAAGGAAAUUGACUUGCAUAACAAUAACCAACUUCUUCGAGCCAAGAUAGCUGAAAACGAGAGGAAGCAGCAGAGCAUGAAUUUGAUGCCCGGAGGUUCAAGUAAUAACUUCGAGGACAUACAUUCUCAGCCAUAUGACUCUCGGAACUACUUCCAAGUUGAUGCCUUACAACCCGCCGCCAAUUAUUACAACCCUCAGCAGCAGCAAGACCAGAUAGUUCUUCAACUAGUCUAAUGUUGUGGGGGUGUGCAUGGUUCAUUGCUGCUGUUUCAGUUUUAGAGAAGAACAUCUUAGUAUUACGUCAGAUGAAAGCUACUAUAUAAGGCAGGAAUAUUUAUAUUAACUUUCCUUAAAUGGAGGACCCUAGAACUCAUCUUCUGCCAUGUUUAAGAUGUGUAGAGUGUGUAAGACUGAUAAGUUUGAUUUUCAGACAAGAAUGUCCCCUUCCAUAUGCUUAGAACAUGCAUUAAGGUUCUACAAACUAAGAUUAUAUGUAUAUCUAGGAACUAACUAAAAGCUUGUUUAGGUUGAUGUAAAAGGAAAACCUGGACUCAGAAAAUUAAAAUAUUUAUGUCUA